ACCUUUGAAUUGUUUAUGUUAAUUUUGUCCUGCAUUUCCUUCAUAUGCUUUACUGCCCGACAGAAAGUCCUGAAUAAGAGAAUGAUGCAGAGAGUCCAAAGACAACUGGCAAAUAGUGUUUAAAAAGAUUCCUGUAUAAAAAUGUCGAAACAGAAAUCAGCAAUUUACAUCCAGGCCUUUGAGGUGGGCCCUGAUUGUUAUUCCAUUUCUAUUGAAUCAUUAUUGAUAAUUUAUGUAUAUGGAGCAUGUGAAUCGGAAUAUAUAAACUUGAGAUUGCAAUUAGUGAAAUCACCUUUGGAUGUUUCCGUGAAACUUGAUGGUUCUCCUCUCAAAUAUUCUAUAAUUGAUAAUGAUUUACCAAAGUUGUCGACAUAUUGUUCAUGGCCCAUUAUCAUUGUUGAAAAUAAUGUGAUAGCAGGUGUCAGUGCUGUUGCCAGGCAAAUUAUUAAACAGAGUAAAAACGAGAAUGUUCAACAUCUAUUGGGAUUUAGGGGUAGUUGUCUGAUGGCAUGCAGUGAAGUUUCAGUAUGGACCAUGUUUUGUGAGAUAGAUAUGCCCCAAGGUUUGAAACAGAUUCUCAAAAGUUUGACUUCAGACAAUUCAGAAAGGAUAAUAAUUCCCAAAUGUAUAUCAAGAUUUGAAUUUCAUCUAAAACAACCUGUCAGAGUUCAUAAUAUGUAUAAAGUGGCACGUUUAUCGAAUAAAAAAAUUUCCACAGACAUACCAAAAAAUGAAUUAAAUCUUGAACAUAAAUAUGCAGAAGGACCAACUAUGACUAUAUCAGACAUGAUUUUAUACCCUUGUGUUGACAUUUUUUUCAAGUUGUUUGAUACACAUGAUUUACAAGAAAAAUUCCCUCUUACAUAUGAUUGGUAUAAAAAUAUGCAAAAAGAAUCUGGUCAACAGGUGGAUGUUGUUUUAUCAUUGGGUUCAAAUCAAUUAGAUAUUUCAAUUGACGAUAACUUCAUCAAACAAAGUCUUUAUAAGUCAGAUAUGUCCCAUUACAAAAUAGAAAAGAAAGCAUACACCAAACAAGCAAACAUAGAGAGAGGUCUUGAAAUAAUUAGUUUAUCUAAUAUUGAAGUAUUGAAUUCAAAUUCAUUGUAUGGAGCUGAUAUUGAGUUUAACUGGGAAAACAUACCCCCUGAACUGAAUCCUUGUGGUGGUUCAUUGCCUGAAAAGAGAGCUGAUAGAAAAUGUGAACAGUUAGAAAGUAUGGUUAAACCAGCUAUGAAAAUUGUGGGAGAUUCUAUUUUCACUAUAGUAGAUUUUUGUAGUGGAAGUGGACAUUUAGGUUUGUUACUAGCAUAUUUAUUACCAAAAUGUCACGUUAUUCUUGUUGAAAAUAAGGAAAAAUCAUUACAAAGAGCCACAGAACGCAUAGAAAUUCUGAACUUGUUGAAUGUAACAGUAGUACAGAGCAACUUAGAUUAUUUUUGUGCAGAUUUCCAACUAGGAGUUUCCCUUCAUGCUUGUGGAACAGCAACUGAUUUGGUUAUGCAGAUGUGUGUGAAAAACCAAGCUAAUUUUGUGUGCUGUCCUUGUUGCUAUGGAGGAAUCAAGAAAUGCCAUCUGUUGGAUUUUCCAAGAAGCCAGAGUUUCUCAACUCUCAAACAACUCACAUACAAAGAUUAUCUUAGUUUAGCGCAUGGUGCUGAUCAAACUCAUGACAAUGAAAAUGCAAAAACAAAACAGGGUUAUCUUUGCAUGGAUAUCAUUGAUACUGACAGGAAAUUAUAUGCUGAAUCGUUUCAUUAUACAGUUUUGCUUGGGAAAUUACAGCCUUUUACUUGUACUAAUAAAAAUAAUGUUAUUGUUGGUAUUAAAAAUAUUUGAAAAAU